UCCUCGACUUCGUUGAGAAGAGGUUGUUGGGGCCUCGAGCUCACUUCCGCAACAAUGAGCAACCCACAAGCACCGCGAGCCCCGGCUCCGCAACAACCAAACGCGCCCCUUAUAAAACCUGAAGAUGUACCGAAAUUGCAGUGUCUCAGCGAUGACAUGAAGCAGAAGUAUCGACCUGUUGUUCAGAACUUGUGGCAAAUGAUGCAGCAACACCAAGCUGGCAGCGAGGAGCACAACUCAAGUCGCAAGAAGCUCCAGGAGUGGUCGUCCAAGCUCAUUAAUCAGGAGCGAAACCAUCGAAACAGGAUAAAAGCGGCUCAGCAGCAGCAGCAGCAGAGUCAAGGCCAGUCCAGUCAAUCGGAUCCACAGACUACCAAACCUGCGAAUGCUGAGCAGUCGCAACAGCAGCAACCUCCCAGGCCGCAGACACAACAACAACAACAACAACAACAACAACAACAACAACAACAACAACAACAACAACAACAACAACCUGCCAACCCUGCCCAAGGUGCGCGCCCUCCGCAGGCUAAUCAGCAACAGCCCGUGAUCGAGCCUGAGAUUCUCAGACAUGUCCAGACCUUCCAAUUCAAUCUGCCAGUAGAUGGCCCCCAGAUGGGUACACCAGCAGGCGAUGCGAAGAUCAAGCAGGACCGGAAUAGCUACGCCAUGGCUUUGAAUAAGAACCACAAGCUAUCUCAGCGUAUCAAAAUGAUGUCCUCUUUGGUCACACAGAAAGAACAAGCCGGUCAAGAAAUUCCCCCUGAGUUGGCUACUUCAAAACAGCAAUUAGAGAAGGAGUACAAUGCUACCAAGGAGUUUAUAGAAACUUUCAGGAAGAGACAAGCUGAGAACAAGCAAGCGCAAGACCAGCGACGCGCACAGCAAACCCAAGGACAGCAAGCUCGGCAGCCAUCCCAGCCAAAUAUCAAGGAGGAACCUCAGAUCAAGGUUGAAGGUGGACAAGCGCCACAAAACCCUUCUGCACAGCAGGCACAGCAGGCACAGCAGUUCGUGCCCAUGCAAACGCAGCCUCCACAGCAGCAGCAGCCGAACGCGCAGGCCCAAAUGCCAAUCCAGCAACAGCCACCCCAACCGCUACAACCGCAGGCUCAACCCCAACAGGCUCAACCUCAACCGAUGCGACAACCGCCAAUGCCUCACCUACAGCAAAAUCAACCUCAGCCACAAUUUGCCCAGCCCGGUCCACCGCAGCGACCACCCAUCAACCCGCACCAGGCGAAUUCCAUGCCACAAGUGCACCAACAGAAUAAUUCACCCCACCCGCAAUCCGCAAAUUCCAACACCGGCGGCCCUCCAGCACCCCUCUCUCACCAAGCUGCAGUGAGUGCAGCGCAGCGUUCGUACUCCAACCAAGAAGCGCAACGGACUACGACACCUAUGCAAGCUGCCGGCAACUUUCACAACCCAGGAAGCCGUGAGCGCGAACAAAUGAACAAUCCAAAAAUGCCUAUUCCGCGCACACUCCAGACUGCACCGCCAACCCCAGUAGGGAUGGGACAAGCGCGUCCCACUAUGAGCGGGCCCACCAAUGGUGCACCUGGACCUAUGGGUCAGCCCGUAAUCUCCAAGUUUCCCCCGUUCCAGCUUGAAGGCGAGAACGAUCGCGUCUUGAGUAAGCGCAAGCUUGAUGAGCUCGUCCGACAAGUCACUGGCGGCUCCGAAGAUGCUCUGACGCCCGAAGUGGAAGAGGCCGUCCUUCAGCUUGCUGAUGACUUUGUUGACACUGUUAUCGGCAAUGCCUGCAAGUUGUCCAAGCUCCGCGAAUCCUCGCAACUUGACGUUCGUGACAUUCAGCUCGUCAUCGAGCGUAACUACAACAUCCGCAUUCCCGGUUACUCUUCGGACGAGGUGCGCACCGUACGCAGGCUUGUACCAGCGCCGGGGUGGACACAGAAGAUGAACGCAGUCCAGGCUGCCAAGGUAAUGGGUGGAAAAAAUGAUAUUUGA